UCCCACAAUGAGAAAGACCUGUAUCACGACAGGAGUGAGUCUAAUUAUACACCCACUGAGAGAGAGAGAGAGAGAGAGAGAGAGAGAGAGAGAGAGAGAGAAGGAAGAAAUAGGUGGGGGUCACAAAGGGCGAGUGAGCUGAGGUGUGAGAAGGCAAGUGUGUGUGUGCGUGUGUGUGUGAUGCCAAAGAGAGCAGUGAGCUUUAGACCUACAGAGAGAGCGAGAGAGAGAGAGAGAGAGAGAGAGAGAGAGCGAGCUCACAGUGGGGAAAACUGUGAGACAGGGAAAAGACAGCAGAUAAAGCAAAAGACAGAGAAGGUGAGACAAGAUAAGACAAGAGAGAGAGAAAGAGCGUGACUCUACAGCAUCACGCUGGAUGUUCCUGUCUGCUGCAAGACUGCUACUUUCCCAUGAUCACUCAUUGCUGCAUGUGUCGCCAUAAAAAGACACCCAGUGAGUUGAGUUGGAGUUCUGAGCCAGGCCGUGUGUGACACGUGGUGUGCGUGAUGCUGAUCAGCAGAAGAAAGUGUCUCUCUCCUGGCCCCUCAUUCUCCCCAGCAGCCCAUGUAACCUAGUGUGGCUCGGCAGGCCCGGGGGAUUGCCCCAUGAAUCCAAGCCCAGACCGCAGCAAAGAGAGUCUCCCCCCCAAGAAGCGGGAGUCCCGACAGGGCUCUUCGGAACAGCAGGCCUUGGAUGAUGACUUUAAACCCCCUGCCCCUCUCCGAAGCCGAAGGCACCACCACUCCACCGAUGGUCACAGAGAGAGUGGCGAUCUACUCCCACCCCCUCCACCCACGCUCCCACCCCUUCCUCUGUCACUGCCCUGGCAGGCAUCCUACACCCCGUCUAUGCAUCACUCAUACUUGCCGAUCCAGGUGGGUGAGAGGCGAAGAUCGGCCUCUGUGUCCUGGAGAGAGACAGUGUAUGGACGGGGUACAGAAGGGGGACUGGAGCACCCGGUUGCCCACCACUCCCAAUGGCUGUGUGGUGACACCCCCCCAAUGAGUCUGCAGCCACUGAUAUCCAUGCCCAUAUUCAAGAACAUUUACGUGGCCGAGUCAAGAGAAAUAUGGCCUUACAGCCUCAGCCGACGAGAUUACAGCUCAACUCUCUUCUCUUCCCAUCUCCUUCAACAGCCUACAGUCUAUCCCCAUGAUACCAUCCCUGACAGCCGCCACAGCUACCAAGGAAGACGGCCCAAUGGUGUUGAUGGCCUAGACAACAGGUUUGGCUCUAGCAGAAGAGUGCCUUCUUGUGAUGACAAUGGGAACGAUAGCAUGACCAGGUUGGACAGUUCCCAUGCCAAUGGCAGAAGGAGAGAGGAGGAUACAGCCAGAGAGAGCACUGGGAGGGGCCUUCUGCUACAAGAAAGCACAAGUGCACAUUCCUCACCAUGGGACAGGGACACCCAGGGAACUCUCAAAGCUCCAAUGCCCCCCUUAUCAGACACAAAGGCUGGAAAGGCUUCUCAGGACCAUUUUGGUGGAAGUGCCUCCAAGACUGGAGCUCAGAUCUACUAUGCCCUAGGGUCCCUCUGCCCUACUGCUCACCAGAACCCUCAGGCUUACCCACAACAUCUCUCCUCAGACCGCCCUUCUUGCCCUCUAAGGAACUCCCAGCACUCCCCGCACAGCCACAACAGUCAUGGAGUUGAGAUAGAAUGGGAUCGCUCUCCAGGGCCCUACCGCCCAGCAGUUGCUGUGCUCACUGGCCCUGAUCCGCCCCCUUCUACAGUCCUACCUCAUUUUUCCAAAGGUUCCCUGAUUGAGCUGGCCGGUGGCCAUCUGAAGAGGGUGGAGGAGAUGAAGACAGAGGAUUUCUUGCGCAGUGCUGACACUUUGCCCGAGUUUCAUUUGAGCACCUGCACUAUUCUGGUAAUCUCACCUGGACCCACCAACGGCUUCAACCAUCUGCAGGUCCUGCUCACAGACCACAACACUCAGGAGCUACUCACAGUCUUAGCAGAGUAUCCAUUUUUUGUACGGGACCGCGGCUGGUCUUCGUGCAGUCCUCAGCGAAGCGCCCAGCUGUAUGGCCUACAGUGCCGUCAGCUCAGCACAGGCGACGUGUGUCUGGCACUGACACCCACACCCACUUCACUCCACUCAACGGCAACCCUCGCACACUCCAGCAGCCAGUCACAGUGCUCAGGAGCAGGGGUGGAAUCUUGCACAGACACAGCAGAGAGAAUGCCCCCUCCACCUGCUCCUCCUCCUCUUCCCGCAGCCCAGCCUUCUCCUCCUGAAUGCCCCCACACACGCAAGAGACACUGGUCCGCCCCCGAGCUCCAGUUGGGAAACGAGACUAGCUCCCAUUUACCUCAAGGCUCUAAGCAUGAGAGACAGCAGUAACAAUCUUACUUAUCUUCACCAUGAGAAGACCAGGAGUGGGGAAGUCACCUGGAAAUGUUUAGCAAUUGAUUAUUAGUAACCUCAUGGAAUAGCCUGUCAAUCGUUUUCCUUCUGUGCUUUACUGUUAAAUGCAAGUUCAGAUGGGAAAGCCCUACAUGCACAAUAAGACAAUCAAAAAUCACGUAUCUGUAAUGCCAUGCACCUUUUAGUUAUGCUAAUCUCAAGCCUUUUUCUGCAGGGUAUGUCUUUUCAAUUAGUAUUAUAACAACCAAAUAAUAUUGGAUGAAAAAUAAGAUAAAAUACACAAUUAUAUAAAUAUAUAUCAAGUGUUUUGUGAAUAUCCUAAAAAAAAAAAAAAACUAAACAAAAAAAAAAAAAACAAUAGAAGUAUACUGUUAUUUUCGUAAUGCAGUCUUGUUUCAUGCUUAUGAACUGCAUUUGUACCUUCAGUCUAGCAGGCAAGCUGAAUGUAUUAGCAGCCUUCAGCCAAGCUUUCAGUGUGGGGUCAAUAUGCUAGUUCACUUUAGCAUUAAACUCCAGUCUGUUCUUACCAAGGGAAAAGACACUAAUGAUGGAAUUAACUACCCCGGCUGGAGUCUGAUUCCCACGCACACACCGUACUGGGGAUGGUGUUUUUUAAAGAGCUAUGGUGCUAAUGACACAUCAGAAAGGUCCUCUGGUGAUUGGUGGCUUCCCCUUUAAUGUUUCCGUGUGAUUGAAAGCAGGGAAAAACUAUGGACAUCUAGUGUUUUGAACUCUGAUACGGGUAUAUCUACUCUUGAUCAAGCAUACUCUAUCACUUUAUUUUUCUCUGAUUUAUUUUUGUUGUUGUGGUUUUUCAAAUAACAUUUGCUGUUAUUUUUUUUCUUUAUAAAUGUUAUAGCUCUAAAAUUGUAUAUUUUUAAAGUUGUGAGACUGUAAUACAAUGUUUGCUAGAAAUAAAACAAAAGCUUUCUAAAUUUA